AAGUUGCCUGGAUAUCAAAAAAAGUAAGAGACGCGAUAGAGAUUGAAGUUUAUAAAUGGUUGACAAGUCCACUACUUAAACGUCCUCCUUGCGUUAAAUUGACUUGGUGUGGUCUCUGUAGUUAAAUACUAGUUCACUAAAGCAGAUUCAUGCAAUUAUUGGGAAACUGAAGACAGGUCAACGUAAACAAGUCAAGUGAACAUUUCAACACUGGAGUUUGUUAUCUUAGCUUUAAGAAGCCUCGGGGAGAGAUGAGAGAAAACUCAAAGAGAAACCAAUUUAGAGAGACUGAAAGCAAGUGAGAAAAAAAAGAGAGAAGGAGAAGAUGAGGUUGCAAGAGGGUCUGACCUUGGUGGCUAUUUUCUAUCUUUCUUAUACGCAGCUGGUCAAGGGGCAUACUCACCAGGAUUGCCAAACUAAAUGUGGAAACGUCGCAGUAGAGUACCCUUUUGGCACUUCUCCAGGUUGUUACUAUGCCGAAGAUCCUAGUUUUAACCUCACCUGUAACGAGACAGAGAAGCAGCCCUUCUUUGGCAACGUUCCGGUUAUCAACAUAUCUCAGAGCGGACAGCUCCGGGUUCGGCUACUUAUAUCCAAAAUUUGCUACCACAGUCGGGGAAACCAAGCUGCGAACGAAACGUACAAAAUUUACCUGAGGAAUCUCACUCUCUCUCAACACAACAAAUUUACUGUAGUAGGUUGUAACAGUUACGCAUAUCUCAACACAUCUGGAGUUGAAAAAUACUCAACUGGAUGCAUAGCAAUGUGUGAUUCUGCCCCAAAGACAAAAGGAUCAUGUUCUGGUCAAGGUUGCUGCCAGACCCAUGUCCCUGGAGGUAGUACAUAUGUCAAUGUAAAACCACAUAGCUUUAACGGCCAUACUGCUGUGCAUCAAUUUAAUCCUUGCACCUACGCCUUUCUCGUCGAAGAUGAUAAGUUUGACUUCCAUGCUUUAGAAGAUCUCAAGAAUAUGCGGAAUGUUACGAGGUUUCCUGUGGUAUUAGAUUGGUCUAUUGGAAACCAGACAUGCAAAGAAGUUGUAGGCAGAAACAUAUGUGGUGGGAACAGCACAUGUUUUGAUUCUGCUCGUGGAAAGGGUUACAACUGCAAAUGUUUAGAAGGUUUUGAGGGGAAUCCAUACCUUCCAAACGGUUGUCAAGACAUCAAUGAGUGUAUGACUAGUAGUAAACAUAACUGUUCGUAUCCUAGUACCUGUGAAAACACGAAAUGAAGCUUCAAUUGUAACUGUCCAUCUGGUUACCGCAAAGAUUCCCAUAAUAGCUGCACUCGUGAAGUCAAGCCUGAUUACUUAAGAUGGACUCAAAUUUUUCUUGGAACCAUCAUCGGCUUCUCAAUCAUCCUGAUUGGCGUAAGCUGUAUAAAACGGAGAAUUAAGCACCGGAAAAACACUGAGCUCCGACAACAAUUCUUCGAGCAAAACGGUGGCGGCAUCUUGAUACAGCGACUCUCAGGAGCAGGGCCAUCAAAUGUUGAUGUUAAAAUAUUUACUGAGGAAGGCAUGAAGAAAGCAACUAAUGGUUAUGAUGAAAGCAGAAUCCUGGGUCAGGGAGGUCAAGGAACAGUCUACAAAGGGAUAUUGUCAGAUAACUCUAUAAUUGCUAUAAAGAAAGCUCGACUUGGAGACAGUAGCCAAGUAGAGCAAUUCAUCAACGAAGUGCUCGUGCUUUCACAAAUUAAUCACAGGAACGUGGUCAAGCUCUUGGGAUGUUGUCUAGAGACCGAAGUUCCCUUGCUGGUUUAUGAGUUCAUUACCAGUGGCACCCUUUUCGAUCACUUGCACGGUUCCAUGUUUGAUUCUUCUCUUACAUGGGCACACCGUCUAAGGAUAGCAAUAGAAGUCGCUGGAACUCUCUCAUAUCUGCACUCCUCAGCUUCUAUUCCCAUAAUCCACCGCGAUGUCAAGACUGCUAAUAUUCUCUUGGAUGAAGACUUAACUGCAAAAGUAGCUGACUUUGGUGCAUCAAGGCUGAUACCGAUGGACAAAGAGCAGCUCACAACAAUGGUGCAAGGCACUCUCGGGUAUUUAGACCCAGAAUACUACAACACAGGGCUUCUGAACGAGAAGAGCGAUGUUUAUAGCUUUGGGGUAGUCCUCAUGGAACUAAUCUCAGGUGAAAAGGCAUUGUGCUUUGAACGGCCACAGACAUCAAAACAUCUGGUGAGUUACUUUGGUUCUGCCAUGAAAGAGAAUAGGUUGCAUGAGAUUGUUAAUGGGCAAGUGAUGAACGAGGAUAAUCAGUGUGAGAUCCAGGAAGCUGCAAGAAUUGCUAUUGAGUGUACAAGAAUUAUGGGAGAGGAAAGGCCAAAGAUGAAAGAAGUAGCUGCAGAGCUAGAGGCCUUGAGAGUCAAAGCAACAAAGCAUAAGUGGUCGGAUCAGUAUCCUGAGGAGAAUGAACACUUGCUAGGUGUUCAAACCUUAUCAGCACAAGGCGAUACUAGUAGUAGCCGUGGUUAUGACAGCAUUAAGAAUGUACCAAUAUUGGACAUUGAAGCUGGCCGCUGAUUUUAAUGCUUUCACACAAAAUCACAUCAUAUGUAUUUCUUUUGUUUGUAAAAAAAAAAAAGAAUCCUACGUCUUUGUUGCUUCAUCAAUCUAUCUAGUUAUUGACAAA